AAAUAAAUGGGCACAUCCAUAGCACCCACUCUCUGCGCGCAGGGGUUCCGCUUCAAUUCCGCACCACAAUGAUGCUGCUUCCCCUUCGCUCCCUCCUCCUCCUUCACUGCCUCGCCUUCGCCGCGGCCUCCCUCAACCUCUCCUUCCCUCUCUUCCAACAGUUUCACGUUCAGCAGUCUCUCGUCGACGCCACCCGACCUUCCCCUUCCCGUUCCCCUUCCGCUCUCAACCGCACCCACUCCGACAGAUGGAGGCUCAGCCUCCUCCACCGAGACACCAUCUCCCGCGAUGCCCACGAUCACCGCUCCCGAUUCAACGCCCGCAUCCAGCGCGAUUCCGCCAGGGUCGCCUCACUCGUCCGCCGCCUUUCUCCCUCUUUCCGCUCUGAGGCAUUCGGCUCCGACGUCGUUUCCGGCAUGGAUCAGGGCAGCGGCGAGUACUUCGUCACCGUUGGAGUUGGCAGCCCUCCCAAGAGUCAGCUCGUGGUCAUCGAUUCUGGAAGUGAUAUUAUAUGGGUCCAGUGUCAGCCUUGCAGCCAAUGCUACCGUCAGUCUGACCCCGUUUUCAACCCCGCUGAUUCCGCCUCCUUCUCCGGAGUUCCCUGCACCUCCUCCGUCUGCGACCGCCUCGAGAAUGCCGGCUGCCGCGAGGGAAGGUGCCGUUACGAGGUUUCUUAUGGGGACGGCUCCUAUACCAAGGGGACACUCGCCCUUGAAACUCUCACCAUCGGUCGGACCCUGAUCCGCGACGUCGCCAUCGGCUGCGGACACAAGAAUCAAGGCAUGUUUGUCGGAGCCGCCGGGCUAUUGGGUCUCGGAGGUGGGACCAUGUCCUUCGUUGGCCAGCUGGGUGGCCAAACGGGGGGUGCAUUCAGUUACUGUUUAGUGAGUCGGGGCUCUGGAUCGUCCGGGUCGCUCGAGUUCGGACGCGAAGCCAUGCCCGCUGGCGCCGCGUGGGUCCCCCUGACCCGCAACCCGCAGGCCCUGAGUUUUUACUACGUGGGGCUUUCGGGUCUGGGAGUCGGAGGCCAGCGGGUGCCCAUUUCCGAAGACAUAUUCCGGCUGAGUGAAUUCGGCGACGGAGGCGUUGUUAUGGACACCGGCACUGCCGUGACGAGGUUUCCCACGGCGGCUUAUAAUGCGUUCCGGGAUGCCUUCGUCUCACAAACAACAAACCUGCCCCGGUCAUCGGCAGCAUCCAUAUUCGACACAUGCUACGACUUAAACGGGUUCGUAACGGUUCGGGUACCAACCGUAUCAUUUUACUUCUCGGGAGGACCGAUGCUGACACUGCCGGCCCGUAAUUUUUUGAUACCGGUAGAUGAUGAAGGGACGUUCUGCUUCGCAUUCGCAGCUUCUCCUUCGGGGCUGUCCAUUAUAGGGAACAUUCAACAAGAAGGAAUUCAGAUAUCCGUGGACGGAGCCAACGGGUUUGUGGGAUUCGGACCAGAUGUUUGUUAGAUUGCGAGCUACGUACGUAAAUUUUGGCAGUCGUAGUAAUUUUUAAAUUUUAAUUUGAAUGGCUACAUGUGUACUGUAAGAAGAUUUUAUUAUUUACAGAGAAGGGGCAGGAAAUUAGACGUGGGGGUGGGACACGGGUGUCGGCAUUAAUCAUUGUAGUGAUGUAUGAGGGUUGCUUUUGAUGAGGUGCUAAAAGUGAAGAGUAAAAAACAAUAUGGGCUUGUAAAUGGAAGUGGUUUGAUUAUACAGUGAUGCGUUGUGACAA